AUGAGUCAAUCCAAAUCUAAUCUUGACGACAUAAAGAGAUUAAAGGAUGUUGUUUUCGAAGAAGCUGGUGGCUACUUAGAUAUAUUGUACAACAAUGCUGGUAUAGCCUAUGGUGGGCCCGCAAUUUGCGGGGAUGAAGCAAAGGUGGACAAAAUUAUUCAAGUUAAUUUGACAGCUUAUAUACACGUCACCAAACACCUUGCUCCAUAUGUCAUCAAUGCCAAAGGUACGAUCCUAUUUACCAGUUCCGUUGCAGCAAGGAUUCCACUCGCCUGGACCAGUUUUUACUGCGCCACAAAAGCUGGUAUUGACGCAUAUGCAUUAUCAUUGCACGGGGAGAUGGAACCAUUUGGUGUAAAAGUUCACAGUGUCAUUACUGGCGGAGUGAAUACCGCAAUUGGUGGUAAUUAUAGGGUUGAGGAGGCCGAGAAAGUAUUUUUUGAACUCACCAUAUCACGUUGA